UUAAGAGCAAAUGCAUUUAUCCUAUCGCCGGACCCGGAUGUAUAUUUUCUUCCAAAUCGUCGCUUCCAGUGUAGAACAAGGCUGAAAACCAGUCCUUGAAACCAAAACAGCAACCCCUUUGACAAGAAAACAUUUCAUGAUUUGUUUGACAAGAAAGAGUGCAAAAGUAAUUGGAUAACUCCAGAGUCCAGUCCUGUAUAAAUAGCUGCAUCCACCCUAUUGUGGCUACACUUGAAUAAUGUCUCCAAUCACGUCCUCUCCAUUCCUAAUCUUCAUCUUCACCUUCCUCUUCCUUCUGGUCGGCCCCGUGCCACUAAUCCUCGCCGGCAAGCCCCACGCCAUCAGCUUCCGAUCCCCCAAUCUCUACCCCGAAGGCCUCGCGUGGGACCCAUCGGCCCAGCACUUCCUCGCGGGGUCCAUCCGCCAGCGUAAGGUCGCCGCCGUGUCCGACGCAGGCGUCGUCGAGACCUUAAUCUCCGACUCCUCCCUCCCCGAAAACGUCAGCGUUCUGGGCCUCGCCGUGGACUCCGCCAAACGCCGUCUCCUCGCCGUUAUCCAUGCCGCGGACCCACUCCCCCACUUCAAUGCCCUCGCCGCCUACGACCUCCGUUCCGGUAACCGCAUCUUCCUCUCUCUCCUGCCCUCAGACGACGCCACCGCCAGCACACGUCAGAUCGCGAACGAUGUCACCGUGGACUUCAGAGGCAACGCCUACGUCACCAACGCGGCCGGAAACUACAUCUGGAAAGUCAACGCCGACGGAGACGCUUCCAUCUUCUCUAGAUCGCGGGCCUUCACGGCCCAUCCCGUGGACCGCGACGCACCGUUCAGUCACUGCGGGCUCAACGGGAUUGCUUACGUCAGCAAGGGGUACCUCCUGGUGGUGCAGUCCAAUACGGGGAAGAUGUUCAAGGUUGACGAGGAGGACGGCACGGCGAGGCUGGUGUUGUUGGACGAGGAUUUGACUAUGCCGGAUGGGAUCGCGAUCCGGAGCGACGGCGUCGUUUUGGUGGUGUCUUCGAGUAAGUUGUGGUUCCUGAAGAGUCCGGAUAGUUGGGGGGAGGCAGUUGUAUUUGACAAAAUUGACCUCGAUAGCGAGGGGUUUCCUACUUCGGUGGCAGUGGGAGCUGAGGACAGGGUGUACGUGUUAUAUGGGCAUGUCUUGGAGGGUAUGAUGGGGAAUGUGGAGCGGGAGAGGUUUAGCAUAGUGGAGGUCAGCUCAGAGAAGGAGAGUGGGGAAGAGAAGGUUUGGGUGUAUGUUCUCGUAGGGUUCGGUUUGGCCUACUUCUUGUUCUGGAGAUUUCAGAUGCGCCAGCUUGUUACCAACUUGGACAAAAAGACCAAUUAAUUGUAGCAUUUUCAAUUUUUUUUUUUUGUUUUUUUUUGUUUUUUUGUUUUUUUUGUUUUUUUAUCAAAAUUCUAAUAAAAGCAGAAUGGGUUUUUCUGGCUAA